AGUAAAGUGAGCCGUAUAAUGACUCUCGAGCUCGAUGAGAGACGUUUUGGCUUACUUCCCGUUUUAGUGGCAAGUAAAGUAAACAGUUGCGCGGCAAAGUUCCUUGCUCUCUCCAAGGAUAAGGCUGAGCUUUCUUUCAAAGAAAAUUAAAGAACCCAGUACAGCCUGCUUGUCGAUAUGGAGAAACGAAUUUUCUUCGCCUGGACCCUCAUAGUUCUCCUUUCGUUGUUGGCUGCAGAACAAUCUUCCGGGAGCUUUUUUUCCUCCCUGCAAUUCACCCGUGAUGCACUGAUGGAUUUUUCGCGUGGUUCCCAACGAACUGUGGAGAUCAAGCUAGAGCCAAAGAAAACGACGAAAAUGGUUAAUAAAACGUAUGAGCUGAUAGCUGGUCAAGUAAAUGACCUGCCAACACUUGUGGAAGUGAAAGAGAAUAAAAUCAAGACUGGUUUCCUUGACCGGGUCCCAUCGGAAGAUUACAAAGAUUUGUUUGAUCCUUCAAUGAGAAAGCACUUGCCAAAGCAAAUUCUAAUGGCAACGCAGGUCAACACCAACGGCGAUGUCGAAACCCUACUACGGGUCCCAUUCAAUAAAACAGUGGUUAAAAACCAGACAAAACACGAGGUGUACAGAAUACGUGCUUCCCCGUCUAACAAAUUUAUGAAAGCAAUUAAUGAGAUUGAAUUAGCACAGACAAACGCCAACGCCUCAGAUGUGAAGUAUAGCAGUGCUGCCUUAGCUAAACUGAAAGUGCUUGUCGAGAGAGCCAUACGGAGUAAGAGCUAUAAAUACGCGAGACAGGUAAUAACAUAACACCAUUAUUCUUUCGGAGUCAAGAAAAUCGACCAAAGAGUCACUGAAGAGUAUGGGGCGCACUGCAGAAUUAAAGACUUUCCUGGUUUAGUGCAGCAACAAAUGACGUAUCGUAGGCUUCAUAAAGUUCCAUCUAAUUUUGAGUAAAAAUAGCGUUUUGGCGUAGGUCUUUACUCUGUAGAAAAUUUUAUCCGAAAUGAUUACACUGCUCAAACCUCCUAUGUUAUUCAAAGAUGCAGCCAUCCCAUCGCUGGAUUCGCAGUAAACUCAAAUUUACAACUUCAAUCGUCCUUUUAUAAGAACCUUGGGGGAUGCUGCCCUUCGAACACCCACCCCGCGUAAAUUUUUCUCGGAUUUUUGAAAACGAUUUUUACCUAUUAGUCUCUUCAGUGUCUCCAUCUGGGCUUUGACAGACUCUUAUUAAACUAGACAAGAAUUCGUUGAUUCACGUCUUACAAAGCUUGAGUUUUUCGGUUACUGACUACGGCUCGAACGCGUACAUUCGUUUUGUGGGUUACUAUUUUAUGCCUGUCGGGUCACAUAACAUAAACACAAAAACUUUGGGGCGAAAAAUUGCAAAUCCUCUGCAAUUUAUAGAUGUCAACAUAACGGUUCAAUGGUUAAAUGCAAUUGAAAUGUAUCCUCAAGUUUCAAGAGAAUCUUUUUUUUAACACGUGAGCAGAGCAUGCCACCAUGGUGGCGUGAAGUUUGUCUUUGAAGUCAGUUAGGUUGUGUUAUGUGUUUCCUUGCCCUCUUAAGGCUUUCUUCUACAUUUUUUUAUCGAGCAGCUCCUCCUACUGAAUAGGGCCGUUGCAACCUUGUCUAGUUAAAAACUUUCGACGAAAAUGUAAUCAGUUCCCGACUCGUGUCAACGACCAAGCAGUGAGCCACUGGGAAAUCUUUAUAUCUCUACUUCCUUGUCAGUGAUGUGGGAAGAGAUAACAACUGUUCAUAAGCAAAAAGGUAUCUUCAUGUUAAAUCGUUUCACUUCAAAAGUGAAUACGUAAAGGCAAUGAAAGAGGGAAUUGUCUUCCGGGAGUUUUUUUUUCUUCGCGGCUACAGUUAUUAAAACGGGGAACGGGGCAACGGGGACCGAGAACAAGCUCGUGGAACGACGUAAUGAAAAAUGGGGAAAAACUUAUCUUAAACCCUAGUCCUAUCAGUAACUUCAUUGGCAAUUCUCUGUUUUGUUCCCAUUUUUUAAUCUUCCCUUUACCCGCGCUCGUUCUCCCUUCCCCGUUUCCCGUUCCUCGUUUUAGUAACAUCCCGCGCCAAAGGGCACCAAAAAAUGUAUACUUUAUUACGACGGACAAAUACCGGUUUUGUCUAAAAGAGUUUCUUUGGUAAUGUAUGGUAAGUGUUGGUCUCUUGUUCCCAAAGUAAGGAAACAUUGCACUGCUUCUCUCAGUGUUAUUAGUUUCCUUGACUAACGGUUUUGCAAAGCCAGUGGCACUGUGGAAUCCGGGGAAUUUUUGCUUUUGAAAUCCAAAAUCCUGCGCUUUGAAGUCCGGAAUACAGCUCAAGGAAUCCGGAAUCCCAUUAGAGAUGGGAAUCCGGAAUCCACGUUCCACUGACAUAGUACCUGGAAUCCGAAAUCCAUGGCAUGGAAUCCAGAAUCCAAGAAUCCGGCCCUUACAGACCCUUACAUGGGGUGGUCUUUUACUAAUGAACUUCAAACACAUUUCAGAUCGUUGGACAGAUCAUGUAUUUACUGAGCGCCAAGGCGGCACCAUCUGAUCGGACAAAGAGAAGCUCGAAAGGCGAGGGAAGUAAAUUUCUUCAGGAUCUCCGUCAAAAAGUCGGUGCUGCUACGUUCGAUAGCUUCUUGGCUGUGCAAGGAGAUGUGGCUCUGAUGUUUGCUAUAGAUGAUACCGGCAGCAUGGGCGAUGAAAUCCUGGCCGCAAAGAACAUUGCUGCUGAUAUUAUCAAUUAUAAGAGGAAGGUUCCUAUCAAGGAGUAUAUUUUAUCUGCAUUUAAUGACCCAUAUCCAGGUUAGUAAAUUUUUGUCUAUUUUGUGGAUUUUCUUCGUAUUUUGGAAAUUACUGUUGCUUCGUUGUUGUCGGAUCAUAUAUCAAACUCAACCUACUUUUGAAAUGACUUCUGGGUUCAAACCUUUCACUAUAUCAAUACUGUUCAACAGUAUGCCAUGUAGAUUGUUAAGAUCCAUAGCCUGAGAAAAGGUUGAACAGCUGACAUUUGGCGACGUUACCACUGGUUUUCCCGCCAAAUGACGUCUGAGAAACGAGUGCAGAAAUUCCACACUGAUGACACGUCACUACCCAGAUCUUGGGUAGUGCUCCUGAUCGGUCGUGCCGCGUGGGAAAUUUGAUUCAACCAAUCAGAAGCACUACCCAGAUCUGGGUAGUGACGCUUCAUCAGUAUGGAAUUUCUGCGCUCGUUUCUCAGACGUCAUCCGGCGGGGAAACCAGUAGUGGCGUCGCCAAAUGUCGCCGGAUGUUUUCUCAGGCUAAAAGAUCUAUUAAAACUUUUACUGGAUCUUUACUGACAUGAUAAAGAUCGAAAUUGAGGAGGUCUCCACCCUACUUUUUUAAGUCAUGAUGUCAUCAAGAGUGGAGUAAAAAAUUAAAUAAAAUAACUAAAAUCCAAAGGAAAGUAUUACUUGACGUUUUUUCCACGCCGUAGAUUCCGGAUUCCAGGUACUGGAUUUCAGUCUUUGUCAGUGGAACGUGGAUUCCGGAUUCCUUGAGCUGUAUUCCGGAUUCCAGAGACCAGGAUUCCACAAGCAAACAUUUCGCGGAUUUUUUAUUCCGGAAUCCGGAUUCCCUUACCUGGGGCGAAUGGGAGAGUUAAAUGGUAGCUCUGCGCUUGUAGAGCUGAAAGAACUGAUUUAAUGAAAAUUAUAUCGCAUAUAUCACGUUGCCUUAAUCAACCAGUUUAUUACAAGUAAAGCAAAAGUAACAUUUGAUAUUGUUCUUGAAACUAAUGUGUCCACAUCUUUCCCAGUUAAUUAUUCCUUUAGAUAGAAAAAAAAAGUGAAACAAACGGUAUGCUAUUUGAAUUGUGAACUUGAAUACAGUUCCUUAUUUUAUAAACUUUUACUUUCUGGUAGAUCCAUCGAAUGUAAAUCCAGUGACUGUCAAACUUGAAGCUGAAGCUGGCGAGUUUGAACAAGAAAUUAGGGGACUGAGGGCCCACGGUGGAGGUGACUGUCCAGAGUAUACGUUUCACGGUAUCCGAGAAGCACUUUUCAGACUAACUAUCCCUCGUUCUCCUAUGUACGUGUUCACUGACGCAGGACCUAAAGAUGCAACUGCUCUGGACGUUGAGGAGGUGAAAUUGAUGGUCCAGGAUUAUAAUGUUGUUGUCAAUUUCUUGACAACAGGUAUAGAGAAAGCGUAAAGUUUAGUUUUUGAUAAUGAUUUUUAUACGUUUAACCUGGCGCGUAUUUCCUCUCCGGGUCUCUUCGAUAUACGAUUGUUCACACUCUCCUAUUUUAUCGUAAGAUUGUUAAGAUCCAACAGAGAGCUUACCCGUACGCGCCGGUAGGGGCGGCCAUCUUGGUUUCAAAUGUACCGAAGGUGUGGGGGUCGGGGCUUAUAGCAAACCAUCCCUCGCCCCCUAAGUAGAUUUGACACUCAUCCAAGAUGGCCUCCCGUAACCCAAAGUUUUCGAUCUCAACGAUCUUACGCCUAAAGGACUGUGAACAGUCGUAGUGAGAAAAAUUAAUCAAUCCAGACCAUCCGUGGCUAGUCAAGCACAGUUAUUCAAUACAGAUCGUUUGCAUAUGACAUCAUGGCGGCCGUAUUGGUGUGCAAAACAAUGAAAAGGCGGCCAUGAAGGUGUACGGAAAAAAACCCUGUGCAGGAUUGAACUCUUUGCUCAUGUAAAAUCUGUCGUUGGUUCUAACAAAUUUGCAUUGCUGCUGGCACGUGAGUGAAAACGAUCUAUAAGACAAAUAAGUUUUCAGUGUACUAGAGGAGCAAUUCAGCAAAAGAAAGACCAUUAAUUUUGGCGUUUCCAAAACCCUGAGGCGAUCGAUGGAAGCGCUGAUUUUACUCUGGGCGCAAUGAUGUAGUGCUAUCCCUCCGGGGAGGGGAGGACACUCAAGGGACGUUUAUAACAUCUACAGGGUCUCGGUACACGAAGUAGGAGCAAAGAAUUGGCUCUGCGUAGCCUGCGUAGCCUGCCUAACAGGCGCUUGGAAGUAGUGGGCGCAAGAAAAAACGGGCGCGCGAGAGGGAGACCGCGCGCCCGUUCUUUCUUGGGCCCACUACAUCCAAGCGCCUGCUACGAAGGCUAGGCUCUGCAAUGCCGACAGGGUGAGUGGACUUAAUCUCCACCCUUGAAAUAAUCUUGUCUACGUUUGCCGCUUUACCAUACCAUUUAGUCGAAUUUAGUCUGAAUUUAAACUUGUUACUAAAUCGUUUUCAAGGUUAUUGUAAUGCCACACUAAAGUACAGCGUGUCGGGUAAUCCAAAAAAUCUUCACCAAGCCUUCAAAGAUCUGGCAAAGAGCACUUCUGGUCUAGCCAUUAUGUUUAACAACAAGGGGGAACUGGAGCAAGUGACCAAUUUGACAAUCGGGACACUUGAGGGUGAUAGUAUCGUGGGCGAUGGAUCAACCAUGAGACGAAGAACAAAAAGGAGCGCUGAUGGAUCUUCAGUCAGUCGAUAUAAUAUUCCCGUUGAUGACUCUAUGGAAAAAAUGUCUGUGACCAUUAAUACCGCGGCAGGAGGUACGAUAUGUAAGCUUUACCGAAUUUCAAAGUUAGGGCGAUUGUCCAUUUGAUGCUAGGGCAGAAGUGACUGGCUUUAGUUAUUCCAAAGUAAAGAUACACGGGAAGAUAUUUGUAUAGCCAAAACACUCAAACCAUGGGGAUUUUGGAGACUUUUUGGAACCCUACACUGUCAAUGACUGGGACAAGAACUGAACUUCAUUGAGUCGUGUAAGGGGAAACGUGUAUCUCAUAAGAGGAAACGUGUAACGGCAUUCAGUGCUCGUGAAUAUUCAUAUUCUAAGUACUAUAUUUGGAAACCCUCGCUGCGACGUCAAAAAGCCGGUUUAACAACAACUUUUGCACGUGCAUCACUCUUUUUUGUUCAUUUCUUUGCCAUCACUGCAAGACUACGACAUGAUAGUGCCUAUAAUUUCACGUUUUCAGCGUUUUGUGGAAGACAAAAACACAAGACAGUGACUUUCUUUUUCUUUUCCUGAACUUUAAUAGGCAGUCUUUAGAAUUCAACCGCAGAAAAAUUUGCUCGGGUACUUUUGAAAAUGAAUUUUCACGAGUUUUGGGUGAGAGUUACACGUUUCAACGCGUUAUGAGUUUCUGAUACUGCUUACUCCCAGAGUGAGAAAUGAGUCUUAUAAGAUGGCCCUAACUUGGAAAUGGAAACUCUAGAAAUGCAGCCGCCCCUCACUGACCCUCGGCGCGGUGACGUCCCAGCGAUGUGAAGGAAUAAGAGGCGGCUGUGUUCGCAAGCUAUAACUUUUGAGCCUGUGUAUGAAAUCCUAUGGUAGAACCAUUCACUCCGGCAAAUGAAACCCCGUCGUUUAGUUUUAAUUAGUACUUUCACUUGGUACAAUUUAUUAGGUGUGCAGUUCUAUCAUUUGAAUUUGGACGUGCACCAUUCCAACCUCGUCCCCAGGGCUUUUCCCUUAAAAAAUGGGAUAGUCUUGUUAUUACGAAACCACUUUUUAAGGGAAAAGCCCUAGGGACGAGGUUGGCACCAUUCAAGUAACACCUCUUCAGCAGUGCUCCCGAUAACUCGAACCUUCCGGGGAAAUAGAAAAAAGUUCGAGUUAUCGGGAGUUAGAAGCAAAUAGUGACCAGAAACAAGGAAGGUAAGGAAAUGAGAUGGGAAGAGAAACGGACUUCACCUCAACGGCAGCAAGAGAUAUACAACUUGUAUUGAUAUUUUGAAAAAGGAACUAAGCAAAAAAAGUUUGAUUCAUAAUUAAAAUCAAGUAAAGACAAAGAAUAUACGGCUGUUUUGAGAUAAAUUCAAUGCAUCGGACUACCAUAGACUGUUUUUCCUUACAAAAAUCAAUAAAAAAGAACCAGUGCAUAAGUUAGUGAUAAAAUUCAAUUUUUGUGCCCCUUACAGCAGGUCACGAUAUUACCUUACAAGACCCGGAAAAUGUGGAAAUAACGUCAGGAAAACUUAGUCUGUCAUAUAUCACCAUCUACGAAAUCACCAAUCCAAAGAGAGGAACCUGGACCCUAACGGCUCCUGGCAAGAAUGGUGAUCAUGAGUUCUCUGUCAAGACAAGCAGCGACACUAACGUAGAUUUCGAACAUUACUUUCUAAUUGCACUGUCUUGGCGCAGGGGACACAAUGCUGACGUUCCCAUUUCAAAUCCAGUUACUGGUAAGUCAGUCACGUUUACUGUAUCCAAGAAUUAUGAUAUGGCUACGAUAGUAAGCGCGCUCUAAUUGGCUGCCAAGCCAAGAUUUUCUUGUAAUGAACGGGCAUUAUUAGCCUCUAAGUCUCCAAGGCAUAUACAAUCUGUGUUUUUAACACAAAACUUGAUAGUGGACAUCCAUAUUAUGGUCAGUUGACAGCCUCGGCCUUAAUGUAUUGUCCUCGGUAUCGUUCGGUCAAUACACCAGGGCCUUGGUCUGAGAUUUCCCUGUAAUGACCUCACUCUCGGUUAAUAAGUAGUAUUUACAUGAUGAAUUAAAAACUUGUCAGAUUCUUGCUGCUGGGGUGUGGCAUUAAAAUUUCUUUGACUGUUUUCGAAAGGUGAACUAUUCAAUCUUAAUUUCCGGUUAUCCAGUACACAAAAUGCGUUCUGAAUUACAUCAAAUAUCCUUUUUAUUUCCAGUGUUAAGGAAUAAUGCUGAACGUUGUUUAUGGCUCAAAAAAAGGAAUUCCAAGUUCAUAACAUAAGCAGCCAACCGAUCGAUGAUCUUUCAAACGAGAAAAUUAAUCGGUUGAAACGUUCGGACGUACUCGUGAACUUUGAGGAAUCCUGUGGGUAGCACCGUUCGACAGUUAAGUUUAAUCUCGUACAUUCGCUUUUAUUGUAGGCAAGUUGAACAAAAUCAUAAUCACAGUGGCUGGAUCAGAAAAACUAAACAGCAGUUCCCUUCUACUCCAGCUCAUAUCCACAGAAGGAAACCUCAUCAGUGACUUCGCCCUUCAGCCACAAAGCCAAGGUCAUUUCAUUGCCAGCUUUAAUCCUCACGCACUUGUCCCGUCUUUCAAACUUAAGCUAAAAGGAGUCACACAAAAUGGUUACCAUUUUGAAAGAAUUUCCCGAAAAACCGCCAGGCCAACUACGGCUGUUUUAAGGGUCAAGUAUGCAAGCAAUCUUUACACUCUUCCUCUGGGAAGAACCACCUUCAUCCACUUCCUGGUAUGCAACUUUGGGGCUACUGAAAUAUUUCAUAUCGAAGUCCUAAAGGACAGACUGGGCUAUAUCGUUCGACGAGGUCGUCAUCGAAACCCUAAACAACGUAAAGCUGGUAAACUAGUGAUAAAAGGCCGCUGUGUAGUUUUCUCUGUUUACGCAAAGGCUACUCGUUCUGAGGAUGUGGGAAAGACAGAUCCCAUUUAUUUCAUCCUUAAGGGUCAAAAAUCAAAAGUUGUUAUCUCCCAGACCGUUCAUUUGCUUGUUGACAAUUAAAGCAUUUUCCAGUCGAAGUGUUAAAAAACCAAACGUUGUUACUCUCAAACCUAUUACGACAUAUACUUAUAUACUCAUACAGCAUGAACUAAUAAAACCUCUAACAUAGGGAUGCUUAGUUUCUAACCACUAAGUGGGAACAACCUUCUGUGCUAGGAAUUUUCAUGAUUUCAGUUCACUGUUUGAUUGAUUUAAAAAGUAAGUAAACGCUUUUUUAGCAUUAAACGAGAAGAAUUAGAAGUAACGUUAUUCGACGUCUUGAUGUAUCCAACAUGAUUGGGUAUCAAGAAUGAUAAAAAAAAAGCGAAGCUAGUUUUCUGUUAGUAUGUUUGCAUAAAAAGCAAGGACACACGAAUGCCAUCUAAUAAAGUUGGAUACAUCGAAACAUAGCGGAAUAACGUUACUUCUCAAUUUUCUUCCACUAAUUGUUGUCGGAAAAUUAACUAUUCUGUGCGCAUGCGUACUACUGAUGCUCGAUUUCCAGCCAGUUGAGACUCGUUUGAUUGAUACCGAUCUGCAUCCGCCUCCCACAAGAGGGCCGGGACGCGGACGCACAAGACGGCUAGCUGCCAGCCUUCGUAAUAGCCUGCAGGAGCAUCUGGUUUUUUCGGCUCUAGUUUCACCCGCCGAGAAAAACCGACAUUAUUUUCCGGAGGGAGAGAAGCGACGACCGGAAUAAGUCUGCAGUUCGGAGGCUACUUUGUAGAAGUAUAGGCAGAAACUCAAUUCGUUCUACCAAAAUCACGUCGGACACCUUAUGACAUGUCUGCUCAAAGAAAUUCUCUAUAGUGGAAGGGCGCCUUGACUAUGGUAAUUAGGGAUAAGCACUGACUUGACUAUGGUGAUUAGGCUUAAGCACUGACUUUGCUGCGAUUAGCGGGUUAAAGCAGUGAAAAUAGUGAUAAGAGCAAUGACUUGAGAGUGAGCACUGAGAAUAGCUGUGAUUAGGGCUACGCACUCUCUCGGAAUGGUGCUUUCAUUUGCCGUAAACGUUUGUCUGUAAAUCAAAACGGCCUUGACCAGCAAAGCCACCAUGUUGUAGCAGUAUGGGCAAUGUAGCAGUAUACCCCCUCCACCCGGGAUUGACUCCGAUAAUGCCGACAUCAAACGCUUCUUGACAUUUUUUCUUCUAAAAAGUGAGAAGGAACGAUCACUUUGGAGAAUAGAAACGAGUGACAACCUUGAAAGUACUGAGUUUACGUAGCCAGGUUACAUAUUCUGCGGUUUACGCACUGCAUUGAAUUAUUUCAAUAAAGCUGCUAUAAAUCCUAAUAUAAUGAGCAACGAACCUCGGCCAAAGAAAGUAAAAGUUCUUUUAUUUUAGUUCCUUAAUUUUCAUAUAUAUCAGCUACUAACAAAAAGGCAAUACUGUCAUCUCCAAUUGGAAGAUAAAGUUUGUUCAGGAGCCAAUUACUGGUUUGUCUUUUUUAAAGUUUGUAAGAUUAAUUUUUCAAGUGUUUGAGAAUAAAGGUUUUUUCUUUCUUAUCUCUUUUUUAAUUUUUGGUCAUCAAUAAAGAGCCUUGUCCCCAACUCGCUGCUCUUGAAGCGGGGAAUGACUUCGCACUCGG